GUUCUCGCGGUGUCACGUGCCCCGCGUGUCUCUGUGGGGGUGUCGGGAUCCCCCCCCCCGCAGCGCAUUAGUGUCUCUGAGUUGGUCCCGCGCCCGUUUGGUGCGGCUGGGGCCGGAAAUCCCCGGCAGGAGCCAUCAAUGCCGAGUAAAAGAUGCGCAAGACCCACAAUAUUAACUGCUUCAGAAAAGAAAACCAGGAGACACAUUAUUGAUAAAAGGGUGGCGUACACAAGGAUAUACUUGGGGAUCAAAUUGGCUGAUGGCUGACCUUAAGGGAAAAACUGGAUUUCAAGAGAGACACAGACCUUGCAGGAUUUUUGCUGGAUCUAGGCUUCUGGAUUGUAUCCUUGCUUUAGUAGUGCUGUUCUGCAGUGAUUGUUUAAGUUGGACUCCUACAUGUCUCCAAGCAAAGAGAAGCUUGUCUGUGUGCCAAGAGUGGAAUCCAUGUGGACAACAUAUCUCAGUGAACCACAGUUAUCUAAGCUAUGACUAUGAUGAUCCAUUACCUAAAGAAGUAAUAGUCUCCUUACCUGAAAAUAUGAGAAUCGUAACUGCGAAAGAAGAGAGAUUUACAUGAUGACUGCUCUUCAGCUGUUGGAAUAUGUGACAGUGAGGGCCAACUGACUGCAGAAUCAGCCUGUUCUUUACCACAAAGAAGAGAACUGUGAAAGAAAAGAGGCAUUUGCGGGAUGAUUCCUCUUCAGUACAGAGUGAAGAAAACCAUAGUCUUUUAACAUACAUGUGACAGUCAUAACCAGAUAUAUAAAGGAACUGUGAAAAAGAUGGAAUGGCCAGACACCACUUACUAACAUUCCGUCCUGUACUGAUGAUGUCUUUUAAAGUGUGCGUUAUGACACUGAAUGUGUGCACUGCAAUGGAGGACUCUACAAUCCCUUAAAAUAACUGUCAGUUUUAAAGCAUAUAUGGUUCUGCUAGUUCAUGAAGUCUCUACUGAAAAUAUUUCCAAUGUAUUUAGGGCCACAUUCUGUUCCAGUCAAGUCCUCUAGUUUUGAGAUUGAGUAAAUGUUGGAUAGUCAAUCCAGCAAACGUUGUGCAGACCAAUAGUAUUGCUGUGUGCAGUUCAUUUUGCUCAUCUUACAUUUAAUUUGUAUCCAUUUGUGUCCACUUUUAAUUAUUCUUAUAAAAUGUUAUAACAUCAGUCUAAAAUAGUGUGGCGCUCAUGGAGGUAGCAAUAUCAUUUUGCCAGUUGACCUCUUACUGCACUUCCACCAAACCUAUUCACAUCUUGACAGUAGAGACCAAGAAAAGCUCCAGUAGGUAUGAUUGUCCAUUUCUUUCUUUAGGUUCAGUUAUCCAUAAGAAUUGAUAAUUAAUUUGGUACAUAUUUUAGUGAUCUUUCUAAAAAUGUACUUUCAAUAUGUGCACAGGACACUAGAGUGCCUAAGAAAUUAGUGUAAUUGCAUGGUGUCCAGUCUCCUGGAUAUACGGUAAUGUAUUCCAAGAACAUAGGCAUACCUUUUAAAUAUGAGUUUUCUAUUAAAAAUUAUUAUUCCCGAAUCUUCUAUUUCUGAUUUUUUCAUAAUGUGAUUAAUUUGAAUAUUUCCCUUUUAACAGAUAAGUCAGUAUUCAUACAAUAAGAUUUCCUGGUAUUCAGGUGAAGAUUCUCCUAUUGACUCUGAAUCUGACCUUUCGGAAAGCUUACAAUGUCAUUACCGGCAAAGAGAUGUGGUAGACCCCCUGUAUUGUCCUGCUUGGAAAAGAAAAAGAGGAAGCAAAGUCUCGAUAGAAGAAGAGGGAAAACAAGAAUCUAUGUGGGAAAUCAUAUUGAUAGAUGGUUGACACUUAAGGAAAAAUUGGAUUUCAGAAAUGAUGCAGAAGUUGCAGGAUUUUUACUAGAUUUAUAUGACAGCUAUGACCCAUUGUCAAAAGCAUCAAUAUGUUCCCUGCCUGAAGAUGUGAGAAGAAUUACAGUGAAAGGGGAAAGAGAGUUGCCAGAUGACACUUCUUUAAUAGCAGCGGAUGGAACGUAUGACAAUGAUGACCAGUUGUCUAAAGAAUCUAUUUGUUCUGGACCCGAAGAUGUAAGAAUCAUAACUGUGAAAGAAGAGAGGGAUUUGCCUGAUGACUGUUCAACAGAGACUGAUGACACAUGUACUUUCAGGUUUCCCAGCACAAACAUCAAGAUAACAUUCACAGCUCUGUCCAAUGAAAAGAGAGAAAAACAGGAGUCUCCAGAGUCUCCAGUGAAACCUGUGCAACCCCAGAUUUCUCCCUUAACAAUAAACAUUCCAGACAACAUGGCUCACCUGAUCAGCCCUCUCCCUUCUCCCACAGGAACUAUCAGUGCUGCAAAUUCCUGCCCAUCUAGCCCGCGUGGUGCAGGCUCUUCAGGGUACAAAAUGAGUCGUGUAAUACCAUCUGACCUACAUUUAAUGGCUGACAAUCCACAGUCAGAAAAUGACAAGGAAGCAUCGGGUGGUGAUAGCCCAAAGGAUGACUCAAAACCACCUUAUUCCUAUGCACAACUAAUAGUACAAGCAAUUACAAUGGCACCUGAUAAGCAGCUUACACUAAAUGGAAUUUAUACGCACAUAACUAAAAACUAUCCAUACUACAGGACAGCAGACAAGGGCUGGCAGAAUUCAAUACGCCACAAUCUCUCUCUGAAUCGUUAUUUCAUCAAAGUACCACGUUCCCAGGAAGAACCAGGCAAAGGCUCAUUCUGGAGGAUAGAUCCUGCCUCUGAAAGCAAAUUAAUAGAGCAGGCUUUUAGGAAAAGGCGGCCUAGGGGAGUACCUUGCUUUAGAACCCCUCUGGGACCACUCUCUUCUAGAAGUGCCCCAGCUUCUCCUAAUCAUUCUGGAGUGUUGUCUGCCCACUCCAGUGGCGUACAGACCCCAGAGAGUUUGUCAAGGGAAGGAUCUCCAGUCCCAAUGGAACCUGAGCCUAGUGCUAUCCAGCCAAAAUUAGCAGUAAUACAAGAAGCACGAUUUGCACAGAGUGCCCCAGGAUCACCUCUAUCUAGCCAACCUGUUUUAAUUACUGUACAACGGCAGCUACCACAAACUAUUAAACCCGUCACCUACACUGUUGCAACACCUGUGACAACAUCAACAUCCCAGCAGCCUGUAGUUCAGACAGUUCAUGUUGUUCACCAGAUACCAGCUGUGUCAGUCACAAAUGUGACUGGAUUAGCACCAGCAAACACUUACACGGUAGCUGGACAGGCAGUGGUUACACAAGCUGCAAUGGUAACCCAGCCCAAGGUAGAACCUCAAGAGAAUGGAGACCACAAGGAAGUAAAAGCUGCUGCAAGUCCUUUGCAUAUGUUAGCAACCCAUGCAUCCGCAUCAGCAUCUCUUCCAACAAAACGCCAGAAUGGAGACCAGUCAGAACAACAAGAACUUAAACGUAUCAAAACAGAGGAUGGAGAAAGCAUAGUCAUAGCUGUUAAUGUGGACACCCCAUCUGUUGCAGUGAGUGAUCAAGGCAGCCAGAACUAGAAGCGUAGUGGAGUUUCCUUUUUUCCUUUUUUUUUUUUGGGGGUGGGGGUGGGGGGGAGGAAUCCAACUCCAUGGUGCCAAAAGGAGACACUUAAAUAUAACACCUAAAACAUUGGAACAUGUUCUCACGCAGUGGGGAAAGGGGCCCUGUGAUCAGACUUCAACUUUCAGCACUGAAAAAACAACACAGGUGGCCUUAAAACUCAGUAAUUUAAAAAAAAUCAAACUGCAAAACAUCUUGUUCCAGAGGCUGUGACCCUGCUCCUCCCCACCCCCUACUGAACUAACUCUGUGUACACCGAGGAGAAAUCCAGAGUUGGGGAGGUCUGCAGCUUUAUAAAAUCUUUAUUGGAUUAUUUUAAGGACUGAGUAUCUCAGUGUAACGGCAGCAUGAUAAGCGCUUAGUGUGAACUGGUUUCAAACGAUUGUAUAUUCCUUAAAGGGAACAGAGGCAAGGAGCCAUGUCCUACAUCUUGGCAGCUAGCCUUUCAUAAUGACCUACCCAAUGCAGUUGUUGGUAGAUAUGCAGUAUUUUGUUGUUCACAUGUGGAAUUAGAAAUUUUUGAGGUGUAUUUUCAUUUCUUUGCAAAAUAAUGGGGUCUUUGACAUUUCAGAUCACUCCAUUUCUACUCCGGAAACUUUGGAAUCACACAAUACUUUUCAUGUGAAAUUUUGUUUAGUAAAAAACUGAAUGUAGGGGUUUUUUAACCAAUGGAAUGAUUUACUUUUGUCUGUCCUGUUAAAGUUCAGAUAAAGCUACUUUAUUACAUCUGCAAAUUUUCAUAUUUUAGCAGUUGCCUGAUAAAUUUAAUCAAAUUUUAUUACCAUGUGUAGUGAUCAAAUGCUUCUUCGGGCUUGCAUGUAACUGAUUAGAAAUUACAAUGUAAAUGAGCCGUUAACUGACGUAAAGAACUGCUAUGAAUUUGACCAGAGCUGCACUUACCUGUUUCUCUUUCUUGCUACCUUUUGCUGUUUGUUACUUUGUGUUGACUUUGACUGUCCCUGGCAUAUUUUUCCAGUCUGAAGUAAAACAAGAGUCUCGCUUAAUAUUGUGUAUGUUUAAGAUAACAGACUGUUCUUCAUUUAGAAAAGAUAAAAUUCUUUAUCACAAGUCCUUUUAAAAAGAGAGUAAAAAUUAUCUUGUCAGAGGUAUAUUCAGUAUUUUUAAGCUUAAGCAUCCAUCUGUAGAAAUUAAUCUGACCAGUUUAUCCAUAAAACUUUUGAUGUCAUACACGGACCCUCUGGGGUCUCCAUUAAGAGUAGCUGUUGUGGUUUUCUAACAGUGGCUACCAUAUUAUUAUAAUAAAAGUUUUGGUUUUUUUUUAAAGUGUGUGUUCUGCGGUUGAACAGUUUAAAAUGUAUUGGUAAUUAUUCACUUUAAUUGUGGUAAUAGAUUCCACCUUACAUUUCCAAAUUAAACUAAAAGUUUAAGCUGCUGUUCAGUCUUUAAUUCACAUAAUGUCUUGUUCCUUCAUACAGUGAGGUGAGUGAAGGCUGCAGAGUGGGCUUAAACUUUUAAUUCCAGUUUGUUACUUUCUGUUAUUAUGCAAUUAUUUAUAUAAAUAUUUGUUUUCCAUUUCAAAAAAGAAAAAUCUGUAUUUUCAUGAUGGACUGAAACAGCUUAUAUUUAGGCAGCUUUAGGAAACUCUAUUUACCAGAAGACCAAAUUGAGAAAUCUGUACUGAGUAUCAUGUUAAUCCACAAAAUGGAGCUGUUACAAUGUCAAUGCAGAUAAUACAUAUUAAAAAUUGUGAAAAAUACUGUACACUAGCUGAGUUUAUAAGAGGCAUUUAAAAAAAAUCCAUGAUGUAAAACUCCAGAAUGAUAUUCGAAAUGUUAAUGGGAGUUUAAAAAUUUUUUUGAGAACAAUAAGCAUCCCUUGAUAGUAAUCUGGUGGUUGUUAUUGGACACUUUAUAAUUUAUACACAGCCAUGUAGAUUUAAUUAAAAAUCAAGGCAGUAGUUGGAUAUAAACCUACUGAUUAGAACUUGGUUUCUAUUCAGAAGUGAGUCUGUUCACAACUAGAAAUGAGUGAAUGAGUUAAAUCUUUUUAAUAAAUGUUAAAUUAUUCAAAAAAUAUCACUAAGUUAGUCUAACAGUUACUCCCAAGUGUGUUUAUGAAGUGUUCACUUAGGUCUACUGCUUGUCAGUUUAUACUGGCAAUGCCAAUAUAGCUGCUAAUAGCAGAGCAAGUGGUGACUUGGUCCUGAAUGUUUAAGCAGAAAAAGGCUGUGCUGGCAAACUGUUCCUGAUCCUGCUAGCACGGAACAGAUUUGGCCCUGUCUCUUUUAUACCCUGAAGGUUCUGCAAAUGGAAAUUUGGUAGCAGAUCUUGAUUGAAACCAUUUUGAGCCACAUGGAGUUUGUCACAGGAAGUUGCCUUCAUUAAUGUAUGGGUUUCCAAGCGAUCUUUAAAAAUACUCAAGUGAAAAAUGCUUAACUUCUUCCACGGAUGCAGUACAGGAUUUAACUACUUAAAAUUCAAACCUAAAUGAAUUGACAAUUUCAGAUUAUUUUUAAAUUGAACUGUUCCUAUGGUAGGUUAAUAUAUUAUACUCUCCUUAAUGUCAAACACGUUUGGUGGUAGAAAGCACCUAGAUGAUACAAUGAUGCAUGUGGUAAGACAGGUUUGGUGAGAUUCUGUAUUUACAACAGUGCUUCUCUUGAUAUGGUACUGAUGACCUUACUGAGUCAGAGUAGAAUCUUACAGCCACCUUGCUUUUGCUUUGACUGACCAAAAACUUCCCCAAACGUGCCAUAAAUGUGGGGGUUUGGCCUCCCUCUAAUAUUGAUUGGCCUCUGAUCCAAUUGCCUCUAUGACUGUGAUGUACUGUAUUACACUACCUUCCUUCCAGUGUCCAUCUCUCCUUUUUAACCCUGCUUUUAUGAAAAAGGCUGUGAAAGAGUCUAAUAUAAGCAACCCAGCUUGUAGUACUCUAAAUGGGAUUUGACCAAAGCAUUUUAUAACUUCCCACCUUACUUAGAGCUUGUUUACAAUUGGCUAUAACUUUGCUGCUUCAGAUAUGGAAGAUUAAAGUGUUCACUAGCACCCAGUGCUAGUCUCUUAUGCUGACUUCCCUGUGUGAGGUGACUCUUCAUGGCAAUGUCUCCAAAACCCCACCUCUCCAAAGAGGACACUCUUUAAUGAAAUUGGGGUGGAGUGGGUGGUGGCACUCACUCCAGACAGCAAGAUUUUAACCCAAGCCCCUGGGAGAUAGGAUCCUCUUUUAGUCCUGGAACAAGAAUGUUCUCAGGUCUCUCCUCGUGCUGGCCAUAUGAUGCCAGCUCUCAUCUGUUAUAUGGUGCUGCAAAGCCAUAUUCAGAGCCCAAUACAACCAGAAAGGACUGCUGGUACAGUGGGACAAAACACUCAUUUUUUUUCUAGUAAGUGAAGUUAUCUGAAUGUUGAGCCCUCACACAGAUUUUUGUCUGUUUGCCACUUUGCAUAAAUGCACAACAGUUUACUAUUACACUAUUCUUGAUUUUACUGAUUUAGGUACAGCCGCCAAUGCUAACCACAAGGAUAUCUGUGAAAGUGCUUGGGUGAGUAAAUCACUUUCCAGAAUAGAUAACUAGACAGAAGAGAAAAUAGGGAUGGGAGUUUUUUCAACUUUCAUUGUUUUUGUUUGUUCCAGAGUGAAAUUAUUUAAAUCACCAAUUUUAAUCCUGAUCAAAAUCAGAAAGUUGGAAAUCUUGAUUUAAAUAUCAGUUUUGUACUUCAGUUAUUUUUCUAAAGAAAUGUUGAUUCUCAUUGGAUGUUAACCAUUAAACGUAUACUAAACAGAGCCUUCACACUAAAUUUGGUACUAAUUUUGCUUGCCAAGAAGAUACAGCAUAUUUAUACAAAUUUAUGUAAGCAGAUAUAUAGCUUAACGUACAUUUAUUCAGAUUUUUAAUUGUUCCAAAAUGGUGAACGAUGCAUUUAUUUACUAGAUUAAUUUUUUACUUGGGAUUUGUGUCAGUCUGCAAGUGGAUGGAAGUUGGAAUUCAAUCAAAAAUGCACAUAAACAGCAACUUAAAAUUGUUUUUUAUUAGUUAAAUAAACCUAUCUUAAAUGUGCUGGACAUAAAAGGGGAAACAGGGUUAUCAAAACAUCUUUUGAAUGUAUGUGUAGUGAGUGAGUUGAACUGAUUUUGUUUCUGGUCAUCAUGUCCUUUAAUACUAUAGGACUAGUAGUUCUUAUCCUCAUAUCUCAUUUUUAUUCAUAGAUUGGAAGAAAAAAUGAGCUUUCCUGCUGCUUUAACUUACAGCUGCUUUCUUAGUUUUGAAUGAACUAGUCAUUGAACUGAAAUGAAAACAUUCUCUCUCAACCUGCAGAAGAUGAUACUGCUAUCAAAAACCAGAUUAGUGCUUCAGCAACCUGAUUCCAGGUGUUCGCCAGUGUCAUCCAGCAGUUUGGCUUUCUUUAAUUUAGAUUUCAAUAGAUUACAAUAAGUCUAGACCUUAAUAUAAGUUGCUAUAAUUUAAAAUUUAUUUCUAAAAUGUAAAUCAGAUUAGUAUGAUCUCCCCUGGUUUGUUCGUUGAUGGAGGCGCAAGGCCAAUAUUCAUUUCCUUUCCUUCUUGUGCUGAAACUGUAUAAAAAACAGCAGUGUUCCUGGCAUCAUAGUUGAAGAGUGUGGGAAGCCUUGUUACCUACUCAUUUUGAAAGGAGACCUCUUGGAAAUGAGUACCCAACUCUGAAGAAAAUUAAUUCUUAUUGAUCCUUUUAUGGUGUGACUUUUGCUGUUAGCAAAUGUGUAGAAAUUUCACGGAAGAAAUUGAAUUAGGAAUGCCCUGUUACUGCAUUUAUUGUACUGGCUUACAUAAUUUUUCUUUUCAGGAUUUUGGACUGUCUUGUAGAUGUUAGGAUUGUACACAAAAGGAGGAGGUGCUGGUAAUCUCUAUGUCCAAAGUCAAGAUGAUAUCAUAGCAUUUCCUGUUCUCUGAAGUUGUAUGUGAUGUCUUCUGGAUUAAGAGUAUACAUGUGGUUUUGAUCAGCAAUAGACUAACAUCUGUAGGUUUUGCCAACACUAUGGCAACGAAUACAUAAGCUCCUCAUUAAGUCAAGAAGGCUCGUUAUCUUCAAUCUAUUAAUAUUGGCUUCAUGAGCUAGCUAUACUCCUGGGAUAAUUCUGCGCUACUGUGUGUGCGCAUAAUUAGUGAGCUCCAUAGAUAUACUUUUUGCACAGAAAAAAGCUUCUGCUGAAAUGUUGCUGUAGUUCUGCCUUUUUCCCCACCAGAGGGCGCUGUGGUGCAAGAACAGCAGCAGCUCCCAGCUGAAAAUAACGGCUGCGGUUCCACCAUUUGCCCAGUAGAGGGUGCUGAGGGGACAGAAAAAGGUGCAGCUCCUGGCCAGUGCAGGAAGGGAGCCUGACUUCUUCAGUGCCCCUUAGGACAGUUCAGGAGACGGGGGCUCAUAAGGGCUAGUGGGGGAGGACAGACUUGGGCAGGGGCUGAAUGGGAGUGGAGGCACAGGGCCAGAGUGGGGGAGGGAGGGGCAGGUCCACAUGGUGAUGGGGGAGGGAGGUGCAGAGUUACAGAGGGACAGGGAGUGGCUGGGUAGGGGCAGAGGGUACAGGUGACAUGGACAGGGGAGUGCCUGGGUGGGGGCACAGAUGUGGGGAUGGGGAGGUGGUAGAGGAGAGUGCCUGGGUGGAGGCACAGAGACACAUGGGGAUGGGGUGUCUGUGGGUGGAGGGGGACAUGUCAGGGGGUGCAGGAACACAUUAGAACAGAGGCAGAUGUGCCUGAAUGGGAGAGGUGAGGGGUCAGCUUGGGUCUGCAUGGGGGAAGCUCCCUAACAAUCCCUCCAUGCACCUCAAAAAAAAUUAUUCCAUACUCCCCCCUCCCCCACAACCUUCCAAGUUCACACCCAGUCUCCUUCCCAGUAAUUUACUUCCCUCUCCCUCUGCUCCUCUGUUACCCCUGACUCCCCCCAAGCCUUUGCACUGCUUCUGAGGGGUGUGGGAAAUAUGGUUCUGUAUUGUAGUUUAAAUGAAUUAUUACUCAGUUCUGUGUUAAUAUGCCAAGUAAGGAAUCUAUUGGUCAAAAAACAUUUCCUGAAUCUUUUCUGUUGUCUGUACUGUUACAGGUAUCUUGAAAUAAAUGACCAAAAUAAUUGAAA